AUGUGGCGCUGUGUGUCGCGUGGCCUGCGCAUUCCAUCCGACAGAUCAAUCGCCGGCAAUUCUCAUUUCCGGCGACUCUUCUCAUCUCAAACUAAUGUGGGCGGGUCUUCGUAUACAGUGGUUGAUCACACAUAUGAUGCUGUGGUGGUAGGUGCAGGAGGUGCAGGGCUUAGGGCGGCGAUAGGGUUGUCUGAGCAUGGAUUCAAUACAGCAUGCAUCACCAAGCUAUUUCCUACUCGUUCUCACACUGUUGCAGCUCAGGGUGGUAUAAAUGCUGCAUUAGGAAACAUGACUGAGGAUGAUUGGAGGUGGCACAUGUAUGAUACAGUUAAAGGAAGCGAUUGGCUAGGUGAUCAGGAUGCUAUUCAAUACAUGUGUAGGGAAGCACCAAAAGCAGUUAUAGAACUUGAGAAUUAUGGGCUGCCAUUCUCCCGAACAGAAGAUGGGAAAAUAUACCAACGUGCAUUUGGUGGUCAGAGUCUUAAUUUUGGAAAAGGUGGACAAGCAUAUCGUUGUGCAUGUGCUGCUGAUCGGACUGGUCAUGCUUUGUUGCAUACUUUGUAUGGCCAAGCUAUGAAACAUAAUACACAGUUCUUUGUGGAAUAUUUUGCAUUGGAUUUACUAAUGAAUAGUGAUGGAAGUUGCCAAGGUGUAAUUGCACUAAACAUGGAGGAUGGGACAUUACAUCGCUUCCGUGCUACUUCUACUAUUUUGGCCACUGGGGGUUACGGUAGAACAUAUUUCUCUGCAACCUCUGCUCAUACGUGCACAGGAGAUGGGAAUGCUAUGGUUGCACGCGCUGGGCUUCCUCUCCAGGAUCUUGAGUUUGUGCAAUUUCAUCCAACCGGUAUAUAUGGAGCUGGUUGUCUCAUCACUGAAGGAUCUCGUGGUGAAGGUGGCAUUCUUAGGAAUAGUGAAGGUGAGCGAUUUAUGGAACGAUAUGCACCAACAGCAAAGGAUCUUGCCUCAAGGGAUGUCGUUUCAAGGUCUAUGACAAUGGAAAUCCGAGAAGGGCGUGGUGUAGGGCCACUAAAGGACCACAUCUACCUCCACUUGAACCACUUACCCCCAGAGGUACUCAAAGAAAGACUUCCUGGUAUUUCUGAAACUGCUGCCAUUUUUGCUGGUGUUGAUGUUACAAAGGAGCCAAUUCCUGUUUUGCCCACUGUGCAUUACAAUAUGGGUGGCAUUCCAACAAAUUACUAUGGAGAGGUGGUGACUAUUAAAGGUAAUGAUCCUGAUGCUGUUGUGCCUGGCCUCAUGGCUGCUGGAGAAGCAGCCUGUGCAUCAGUUCAUGGUGCCAAUCGGUUAGGUGCAAAUUCUCUUCUUGACAUUGUUGUUUUUGGCCGGGCAUGUGCUAAUAGGGUCGCAGAAAUCCAUAGACCAGGGGAACAACAAAAGCCUUUGGAGAAGGAUUCUGGAGAGAAGACUAUUGCAUGGUUGGACAAGCUUAGAAAUUCAAAUGGUUCAUUGCCCACAUCUAAGAUUCGGUUGAAUAUGCAAAGAGUAAUGCAAAACAAUGCUGCUGUCUUCCGAACACAAGAGACUUUAGAAGAAGGUUGUCAGUUGAUUGACAAGACAUGGGACAGUUUCCAUGAUGUGAAGCUGAAGGAUCGAACUUUGAUCUGGAACUCAGACCUUAUAGAAACUAUUGAGUUGGAAAACCUGUUGAUUAAUGCAUGUAUUACAAUGCACUCUGCUGAAGCCAGAAAAGAAAGCAGAGGUGCACAUGCCCGUGAAGAUUUUACGAAAAGAGAUGAUGAGAAAUGGAUGAAACAUACAUUGGGAUAUUGGGAGAAUGAGAAAGUAAGGCUAGAAUACAGGCCUGUUCACAUGAAUACAUUGGAUGAUGAAAUUGAGUCAUUCCCACCGAAGGCGCGUGUGUAUUAGAUUAUUAGCAUAGCAUAGCUACAUGGAUAGUUGGUGGCUAACGAAAAUAAUCUCACCUCCUUAAGGUUUCAAUAACCAACUUAGGAGAUCUCGUAUUCUCAAAUUUUGGUAAUAAAUUAUUGCAGUCAUCUGCCUAUGAUACAUGCAAACAUGAAAUGUGCAGAAACUUUUAGUUUACUUUUGUUGUAUCUUCUUUAGGAAGGGGGGGAAUUUUUAAAAAUAUGUUCGUGUUUUUCAAUGUUAUUCAGUUAAUAAUCAAAUCAUUUGUAUUGCUCUA